UUUCAUAUCCUGGAAUGAGAUCGUGUAAUAGGUAUAUAACACGGGGUAAAAGGGAUUCGCGUAGUGGAAAGUGGCGUCCUUCAAUGGGAACCGUGAGUUGAAGACUAACGGUUUGGAUCAUCAUGCGGGCGAGCCUCGUUAGAGAGGGGUGUCGUGAGUCUCGUCACCUUCAUUUCGUUCCUCGUAACCUCCGCUCCGUAAUUGUCGGAGGCGUGCGUGAAAGCUACCGUCGACUCUCUGCACCCAGCCAAAACCCCGACCCAAGCCCCCCUCCCAUCCUUUUAUAUAUAUACACCAACAGCGGUCGUGUAUUGUAGUAGCAUCAGAUCAGAGUAUCCAUGGCAGCAGCCGCUCUCUGUUUAAAUCUCCCUUCCUCAUGCCAUUCCCCUUUCUCCCCCAAAUACAAUCUCUGCCAUUCAUCCCAGCUCUUCCUCUUCCCCUCCACCGUCCACAGCUCUCCCGAACCUGCCUGCCGGCUUUCGUGGUCCCAGUCCAGGUGGGCCGGGAAGCCGGCAAUCGUUGUCGGUGGUGGUAGCGGGGGAAAUGUCGGUGGUGGUGGAAGCAAUGGUGGCAGCGGCGGCAAUGGUGAUGGCGGUAAAGAUGGUGCCGGUGAUAAGAACCGAACGGAGGCCUUGCUGACGCUGGCAGAGAUCGGACGGUCUCUGGAUACCAUCCCUUCUGAUUUGGCUUCGGCAAUCAGGGCGGGUAGGAUACCGGGGUCCAUUGUGCGCCGUUUCGCUGAGCUGGAGGGAUCUCCUAUCUUGAAAUGGCUGCUCCAGUUUGGGGGAUUCAAGGAGCGGCUCUUGGCCGACGAUCUGUUCUUGGCGAAGGUUGGCAUGGAAUGCGGUGUUGGCAUCUUUACAAAGACUGCUGCAGAGUGGGAACGUCGUAGAGAAAAUUUUGUCAAAGAGAUAGAUUUUGUUAUUGCAGACUUGGUAAUGGCCAUAAUUGCAGAUUUUAUGCUUGUUUGGCUUCCUGCUCCAACUGUUUCUCUUAGGCCACCUCUGACAGUCAAUGCUGGGUCUCUUGCGAAGUUCUUCUACAGCUGCCCUGAUAAUGCAUUUCAGGUUGCUUUGGCAGGAACAUCGUACUCCUUUUUACAAAGAAUAGGAGCAAUAGCGCGCAAUGGAUCAAAGCUUUUUGUGGUUGGAACAAGUUCAUCUCUGGUUGGGACAGGUAUAAUGAAUGCCCUAAUUAAAGCAAGAAAGGCAGUUAACAAGGAUACUGCUGGUGAAGCAGAAGAUGUACCUAUAAUAUCAACCAGCGUUGCCUAUGGCGUCUAUAUGGCAGUUUCCAGCAACCUUAGGUAUCAGAUACUGGCUGGUGUGGUGGAACAGCGAAUUUUGGAACCCUUACUACACCAACACAAGAUCCUUUUAAGUGCACUUUGCUUUGCUGUCCGAACAGGCAACACAUUCCUGGGAUCAUUAAUGUGGGUGGACUAUGCCCGCUGGAUUGGAGUCCAAAAGGCUCAGGAGUAGAACACAUGGGAGGUGGAUGGUAUACUAUUUAUCAAUUUUCUCCGGUCUUGGCAUCUGCUGAAAUUCUAGGAAGAGGACGUUCACUGAUUGAUGCUCAUGGCUGAUUUCCGUUCUUGCCACUUUCAGUUGUUACAAACGGUAGUUCGUGGAUACAGAACCUAAUAUAGAUAGAUGUUAUGGGCACGAUGGGUAUGUGGACCCUUUUGAUUCGCAUCCCCACAAGUUUCUCACGUUUCUACAGUCUCAUGGUCCUAAAGCCAAUCCCCACCAGAGUACUGCAGUGAUCGGCAUUUUAAUGUACAAUUUCCAUUUAUCAACUUCAUUGUGUUUUGGGAACAUCCUCAUUUUUCUGUUUAUGGGUCCUUAUUUGUGGCACCGACGAUGAUCAGAAGUCUGUCCAUGGACUGGAAUUAAAGUAAGUUAUUCUUAAAAUGAUUAUUGCUUAAUGUAUGGUGGCAUCAAUCUGGCUGUUGGUCA